AUGGCUGAUGCUGAGAAACUGUAUAUGCAAAGCCCGCUUGUGAGAUGGGUGGAAACAUUUAAGGCCAGUGAUGGGCACCCUUUGGAGUAUAAGGACCUGUAUGAAGGUGUCUUUCUGAAUGACGUCAUGCAGCAGAUAGACCCGCGCCUGGCCUACGAUAAAGUCAACCGCAGUGUGGAGGAUGUGGCUGCACGCUUGCACAACUGGGAUAUACUGGUGAAGAACAUACAGGGCUACUACCGG